AUAUGACUGAAGGUGUGCUGAGAAGCCGAAAGCAACUGGACGCUAGUGUCAAUAAUUUAAAGGAGCGAAUCGUGUAGGCAGAACUCAAAACAAAAGAGUGUGAGCAAACAGAAGCAGCAAUGCAAGAAUAUGAAAAAUACGAAGGAAAACUGAAGAACUUUGAGAAAGAAUUUGAUGAACCUUAUAAAGAAUUGGUCUCAAUAAAUGCGUCAUGGUGGCACAUGAGCAAACAGGCGACCUACUGCACAGUGUGUAAAGAAAACUGCCACUAUCCAGGAUGCUGGUGGGUCAAUAAUCUCUCAUGGUGUAGUGUGAUGUCAAAUGAGGGAAAGUGCACCGUCUGCUCAGGAAAGUGUGACCACACUGAACAUGUAAAAGAUAAUAAAAUAUAUGAAAUAAAGACAAGAAAAAUAACAAAAACAGAUAAAGAUCUUAAAAAGAAAUUUGAUGAAUAUAAAGAAAAAAAGAGUUUGAUGAGCAACCUAAAGAGUGAGAUAGAAAAGUUUAAAGAAGAGAAGAUCAGGUUUGUGGAAGAGUGUUAUCACUGUUUAGAGAAGUUAAUGGAAACUGCAUUAAAAUCUACCAGCAUGUCCUGUUUCAUACAUCUGGAAUUAAUGAUUGAGAGAUUGAAAGAAACUGGAAAUCAAGAAAGAGUUAAAAAACUUGAAGAACUUAAGAAGAAAGCUGAGGUGGAAAACCCAGGACUAUUAAGAAGUGCAUGGAUGUAUGUAAAUAGUAGAUAAACAAAAGACUAGAAGUAUUGUGUCUGUAUAGUGUAUACAUUGUCCAAUAACUCCCAAAUAUCUCCCAAUCUCACUGGCCUUCAGAACGAUAACGGCAAAUUCGCCCAUAUACCUUUACUCAUUGCUCCAGGUCUACAUCCCCUCCCGUCAUCUUCGGUCUGAAAAUGAGAGACCCCUGUUUGUUCCAUCACAGCGAGGCACCAAAUCGCCUUCAGAAACAUUCACUCAUUCGGUUCCCCUGUGGUGGAAUGAACUGCCAGCCUCCACCCAAACUGCAGCUCAAAACACACCUGUUCUGCAUUUAUUUGACUAAACAAUAACUCUGUCUGUAUGUAUUUUUGUCAAUUUUUUUAUUUUUGUUCAUUCUAUCCUUUGCUUACUCCAGCUUUUGAAAAAAGCAUCUGCCAAAUGAAUAAAUCUAAAUAUAUGUAAAUGUUAAUAGCCAUGAGUUUGUUAGACCCCUUUUACUAUGUACUGUAAUAGCUGUGUAAACAAUAUACUAAACUAUACCCAUGCCAUGUGUAAAAAAAAACAUCAUAUAGUAUCAAUAUAAUAGUGACUGACAACAUGUCUUGUGUAUACUGUAUAUGGCAAAAUAUAGCAUGUCUUCUUUGUCGUAUUUGUAAAGAAAUAUUUGUGGUAAAACAAAAACAGUGUAGCUUAACAGUUGUGUUUGCUCUUCUAAACAUUUCAAGAACAUUAUAUGGCUGUAUGUACAGUAUUUGUAAAUUGUAUAAUCAAUGAACACGUACAAUAUACUUGUAUUUUGGAACAAUCUUUUAUUGUUUUGAGAGCAUUAACCUUACUUAAGAAAUUUGAAAAAUUAUUAGGGAGUAACUGUUAAUAAAAGAAAAUAAAAGUACAGGAAAAUGCAAUUGUAUUUGUCAUAAUUUGUAUGCAUAAAUAAAC